CCUCUAAUUUCCAAGCAUUUGGAACAAGAUACAAGCAGCUAAGUUACAUGCUAUACUUCUCCUUCCUUUCCUCCUGGCGAAAAAUGGAAAUGCAACCUCAUUUACACCCAAACACUGACCAAACCAAAAUUCGCUCAGUGUUCCCUCCUCCUGUGUGGGAUUCUUACAGCUUUACUUCUUUUUCUUUGCUGGACUCAGAAUAUGAAUCGUGGACUAGACGGGUGGAAACGCUCAAAGAAAAGGUCAAAGACAUGUUAAUGGCUGAUGCAAGUAAUCCGAUCAAGAAAAUUGAAUUGAUUAACUUAUUAUGCCGUCUUGGUUUAUCAUAUCAUUUUGAGAGGGAAAUUGAAGAACAAUUAAUUCAUAUUUUUAACUGGGUUCCUCAACUCUUUGAUGAAAAUGAUUAUGAUCUCUACACUACAGCUCUCCUUUUUCAAGUCUUGAGACAACACGGAUUCAAAAUGACUUGUGAUGUGUUCAAGAAAUUCAAGGACAGCAAUGGAGAGUUCAAGAAGAGCAUCAUCAAAGAUGUGAGAGGCAUUCUCAGCUUGUAUGAAGCAAGUUUUAUGAGUGUGCAUGGAGAAGAUAUUCUCGAUGAAGCUCUUGAAUUUACAAGGUCACAACUGGAGUCAUUGGCUAUGCAAUCAAAACCCCAUUAUUCUGAACGUAUAAAGAAUGCUCUGAUCCUUCCGUUUCACAAGGGAGUACCCAGAGUAGAGGCAUGGCAAUACAUCUGUUUCUAUGAAAAAGAAGAAUCUCCAAAUGAAUUCCUACUCGAAUUUGCAAAAUUAGAUUUCAAUCGAGUGCAAUUAUUGCAGAGAGAGGAGCUCAAGGUGAUGGCAAGGUGGUGGAAAGACUUAAAUCUUGCAGAGAAACUUCCCUAUGCAAGAGACAGACUUGUGGAAAUCUAUUUCUGGGCGUGUUCCAUUCAGUUUGAGCCUCAUCUUGCUCUUUCAAGGAUGAUGAUGGCCAAGUAUUUGAAAAUGAUAUCACUAGCUGAUGACACAUGCGAUGCAUAUGCUACAAUGAAGGAAGUCAAUGCCUUCACAGAUGCUAUCGAGAGGUGCAGUAUUGAUGCUACUGACGAACUGCCAGAUUACAUGAAAGUUUUCUACAAGGAAUUACUGAAUCUUUUUGAGGAAACAGAGAAUAUUGCGAGUAAGGAAGGAAGAUCCUACUGUGCCUAUUACGUAAAAGAAGAAUUUAAAAACUUGUUGAGAUCCUAUCGCAUGGAGGCACAGUGGUUUAAUGAAGGGUAUGUGCCAACAUUUGAUGUGUAUUUGCAAAAUGGUUCUGAGUCAAGCAGCUAUGGCUUAAUUGUAGCAGCAGGCUUUAUAGGAAUGGAAAAGAUUGCAGGGAUCAAGGAAUAUCAGUGGCUUCAAAGUAACCCAAAAAUUGUCAAAGCUCUCAAGGUACUUGGGCGUCUUGAGAACGACAUAGUAUCCCACCAGGCCGAGCAAAAGAGAGGAGACUCUGCUUCAUCGGUAGAGUGCUACAUGAAAGAACAUGAUGUUUUAGAAAAGAAGGCUGUGGAAGAGAUUCUUAAAAUUUGCGCAAAUGCAUGGAAGGACAUCAACGAAGAAUGCAUGAAGCCAACUGCUCUGCCAAGUCCUAUUCUCCAAUUGUUGGUUAACCUUGCUCGAAUAACAGAGGUUUGUUACAGAUUUGACGACUCCUACACCAACUCAUCAAGUGUGCAAGAUAAAAUUACAGCAUUGUUUCUGGAGCCACUUCCUUUGCAAGACCAAGUUAAUAUAUAAUACGAUGAGUUUCGUAUAUAUGUCUUUCCCCUGCUUGGCUUGGAUUGUCCCUGUGCCGGAAAGGCAAGAAUAAAUAGUGUGGUUUGCUUUGCUAUAUAUCAGUUGUUGUAAAAUAAAACAAAUGAUCGAGAGGCCAAACACUCUGAGUCAUCUCUCUCUGCAUCUUAAUUAUGAAUAAUUAAGGUGCUAUGCUUUGUAAUUUGAUAAUGUGUGCAAUUUUAUGUUUCUUAAAAAAAAAAAAAAUUAUUAUGUGAAUAGA